ACAAAAUCAAACUUCUGCAGAAUCUCCAUACCCUCAAAAUUUUCCCUUGUGUUUGUUGAUCUGUCUCUGCAGAAAAAUGGGAAUCAGCAAAACAGAAAUAAACUUAAGAAGAUUACUCUCAUCUGCUCCUCAACAACAAAAUCAAGCAAAACUCGUCCAUUAUAUUGCUACUUUAAGAGAGCAAUUGGAACAAUUGGCUGAAGAGAGAACGGCUGAUGAAUUACCAAGAGUCUCGAAGGCGGUGUUGAACGAUUAUUCGGAGAAGAUUGAGGCUAUUGCUUCUAAAUUAGUUAACUCAUUGCCUGAAAUUGAGGCUCCCCAGGAAACUUUUGCUGGGGAUUCGGGAAAAGAAAGUCCCAAGGCAGAUGGAGGAGAUCAGAUAGCACCUUCUCCAGGCUUGAGGAGGAGAUUUGCGGCAGUGUCGAAUUUUGAAGACAAAACUCGUGACUCUAUUAAGGCAGAUGCAUCAGCUCCUGUUAAACUGGAUGCUGCAGCACAAGCACACAUUGAAAAGCACAGAAAGCUUCAAGAUGACUUGACUGAUGAAAUGGUUGGAUUGGCACAACAACUAAAAGAGAGUAGUCUCUUGAUGAGCCAGUCUUUACAAAACACUGAAAAGAUACUAGAUUCUACAGAGCAGGCUGUUGAGCAGAGCUUGGCCAGCACUGGUCAUGCCAAUGUCCGGACCAUGGACAUAUACUCGAAGACAUCAAAGACCACGUGCUUCACAUGGCUUUUGAUGUUUCUAAUGACAUGUAUUUUCAUCAUGGUUGUCCUCCUGAUUCGUGUCACCUGAAGCUUUUCUUCAACAAACAGAAUUUUUCUCAUGUUGUAGUCAGAAUCUAUGUCACUUUCUUCCUCAGUGUUUACAUGGUAUUACUGCAGUGCUUAAACCGAUUUUCAAAUGUAACUACAUGUCUUAUGAAUCAAUUUUACUUUUUUUGGGGCCCCUCGAUAAUUUUUGUAAUCAAUCCGAGGUUAGAGUAUAUAAUGAAUUAUACAAAUCAUCCUUGAAAAA